UUUAUUUGUGUCGGUUUCAGUUAGUUUUGUAUUUUUCUCGGGCAAAGACGUGUUUUUGGCAAGAAAAGUCUGUGAAAAGGAUUAAAAUAUGAAAUAAAAGGAAGUUAGCUCCAAUUUUGCAGUAAAAAAGUGCGGUUAGAAGAAGUUUUUGGGCAAUUUUUGGGUUUUAAAAAUUUUUGUUUUUGUUUACCAAUAAAAUGAAAUAUACUUUAACUGUUGAUCAACCCAAAACGGGUGAUGAUAUUAGUACGAGCAGUGCAUUUUUCGCUGAAAGUCCAUCCCCGCGUCAAUUAACAGCUUAUGACAUUUGGGAUCGCGAACAGAAACAAAUGCGAGGUCAUAAUGCCAGCAACGACGAUCGUUUUCUCUGUCGCUUCCUUUACAGCUACGAGAAUCAACCGUUUUGUCGUCCCUCCUGCAUUCCCAUCAGCUUAAUCCUGAUUCUUAUUGUCUUGGUAGUGCUUUUGCCGUUGCUUGAUGGCUCCCAUGAGAAAAUGCUUGGGCACGGAAAACGACAUAAAGGACAUUUUCAGCCUGCGUUGUGCAAUAGCUGCAGAAUUACGCCCGUCGAAAGUAUUCCGGAAGGUCUCGUGUAUCCAAAUGACUCUCUCAGGUUCAUGUCAACGUUCGAGGCAUGGGAAGCUCUUAUCAAAGCAGCGGAAGAAAAAAUCGAAAUUGGAUCGUUUUAUUGGACUCUGAGGCGAGAAGAUGUAGCAAAUCACUCUUCGGCAUGGGAAGGCGAAAAAAUCUUCGAAUCUCUCUUGGAAGCAGGCACCAAACGCGGAAUUCAAAUAAAAAUCGCUCAAAGUAAACCGAGUGACGUCUCCCCAAACACCGAUACGGAAAUUCUCGCAUCUCAAAAAGCAGCUGUUGUUCGUUCCGUGGAUUUUCCGCGACUCGUUGGCGGCGGAGUGCUUCACACGAAACUCUGGAUUGUCGAUCGGCAGCAUUUUUAUGUCGGAAGUGCCAACAUGGAUUGGCGUUCGUUGACUCAAGUCAAAGAAUUGGGAAUUCUCGCGACAAAUUGCACUUGCUUGGCGGAUGAUAUCGCGAAAAUUUUCGAAGUUUAUUGGAAACUCGGGCAAUCCGGGGCAAAAAUACCGAAGAAAUGGCCUGCGGAGUUGCAAACGGAAAUUAACGCAACGAAUCAAGCUCAAAUAAAUUUCGUGGAUUUGGGAUCGUCGAACGUUUAUUUGUCGAGUUCGCCGCCUCAGAUGAGCCCAAUGGGCAGGGAACAAGACAUUGAUGCGAUUGUGAAGACAAUUUUGGAUGCGGAAAAAUUUGUUUAUGUUUCUGUGAUGGAUUAUAUUCCGAUGAUGUUGUACACAAAAGAGCUAAAGUUUUGGCCUGUUAUUGACGAUGCAUUAAGAAAAGUUGCUAUUGAGAAAAAUGUUACCGUUCGUUUGUUGAUCUCACAUUGGAAGCAUUCCCGCAGCGACAUCGACUACUUCCUCCAUUCACUCCAAGCUCUCAACGAAGCGCUUCCAGGUGUCAAUAUCGAAGUCCGCCGUUUUGUCGUUCCCGCAACUCCAGAUCAAGAAAAAAUCCCCUUUGGUCGUGUAAAUCACAACAAAUACAUGGUUACCGACAAAACUGCUUACAUCGGAACUUCCAAUUGGUCCGGCGAUUACUUUACAAACACCGCUGGCAUUGGCUUCGUGAUCGCCGACGAUCCGAGUGGCAAUCGUCGCGAAACCAUGAGACAUUUGAUCGAAGGAAUUUUCAAUCGGGAUUGGAAUAGUCCGUAUGCUGUGAAGUUUUAAGAGCAAAAUUCGUUAAUUAUAGAACUCUACAUCGUUUAUUAUACUCUAUUUUCAAUUAGAACUAGCUUUCUUAAAUAUUAAAAUAUUUCUUUUGAUGUUUUUUCAUGAUCUCUCUACGAACUAAUUGUUGGGAUGCAACUGCCUCUCACGAAAAACGACGACAAAAUAUACCGCGAUAUAUCUCUAGCGUAAAUUUUUUAAAUAAAAUCGACAUCCUGAUAAUUUUUUUUAAAAAUUACUCGCUAAAUUUCUCUAAUUUUAAAUUUUUUUUUUGUUACAAAACGCCUAAAUUUUGAACCAAAUAAACAAAUUUCGAGUAA